GGGUGCGCAUAUAAGACAGGGUCGAAGUCGGGGCGCGCUACCAGUCGUCAGACGCCCACCACUCUUGACACUUCGCCAGUGUUUCUGUGUUGUGUUGUGUACCGUGUGUAAAGAUGUCGUCAGGAAAAUGGAUAGUAUGCGCGCUCGCGAUCGUAUGCGUUAGCGUGCGGCAGGCGGCAGCGGCGCCCGCACCGCAAGAGGAUAACGGGCCGCCCACGCCGUACGAGUACAAAUACGACGUGGAAGACCAAGAAAAAGCUCUCUACUUCGGCGCCAACGAAGCGGGAGACGCGCAAGGCAAGGUCAUCGGCGGCUACAGGGUGCUCCUUCCCGACGGCAGGCUUAUGACCGUCGAGUACACGGUCGAAGGCGAAAGCGGAUUCGUCCCCAAAAUCACCUUCGAGGAAAACGCAAACCCCUUCGGCAAAGGAAAGUAAACUCUCAAAUCGGGCCAUAAGACUGGAUUUAAAUGUACAUACAAUAUUAGCUCCAAAUUAACCUUUUUGUGACGUCAUCAAAAUUAAAAGACUAAAUUGUAUAACGAAUAACGACCGCCGCAGCAUUUCAUAGGACAAGUUAGAUUAACAUAGUGCAGUCAGUUUAAACGCCGUAGUUUUAGGUUUUAUUAUGAUUUCUUGCUUUACCAUCCGAUAUUUGGUAGGCGACAAAACAUAAUCUUAUGUUAAUAAUAAUAUAACAUUUUUAUAGAUAGUAACAGACUGUAAGUUUGUUAGUUGUCUUUGUACAAAGUACCGAAAUCAAACAUUUUGCAUAGUACAAGAAAAGUUACCGAAAAAAUAAAGUUAUAGUCACAACCUGUAUACAGCUGACGAUUUAUUUACUAAGUUUUACAUCGACAGUAUUGAUCGGCGAUA